UCUCUUAAUGUAAACUAAUGGGGGGUCUGUUGGUGGUGUUAUGCAUACGUUGGGUAUGGUAUUAUAGGACGAGUAUAAAAAUGUAAGUUGAUGAGUUCGAGAGUAUCAUUCUCUGUUUGAAGCUUCCACAAUAAACAUCAAAAUGCGUGCUUUUUUGACUCUUUGUCUUAUCUCCAUUGCGGCUUCGGAAAAACUGGGAUAUAGUUACAGUCCCAGUGGUGUACUUGGAGGAGGAGGUGCUAUUGGAGGCGUAUAUAGCAGCGGCAGUGGAUAUGGAGGUUCAGUUAGCAGUGGAAGUCUGAACUCUGGUGCAGGUCCCAUUUCUUACGGAAAUGGUGGUGGAGUAGUUAGUGCAGGACUUAGCUCUGGUGGUGCAAUUGGUUCCGCUUCAUAUGGCAAUGGUGGUGCAGUGAGCAGUGGAGGCCAUAGCAUCGGGUCUGGCUCUUACAGCAACGGUGGUGCAAUUAUCAGUGGUGGACUUAGUUCUGCUGGAGGUAUCGGUUCCGGCUCCGGCUCCUACAGCAAUGGAGGACUCAGCUCUGCCGGUGGUAUCAGUUCUGGUUCCUACAGCAAUGGAGGACUCAGCUCUGCCGGUGGUAUCAGUUCUGGUUCCUACAACAAUGGAGGAAUUAGCACAGCUGGUGGUAUCGGUUCUGGCUCGUACAGCAAUGGAGGACUAAGCUCUGCAGGUGGUAUCGGUUCUGGUUCCUACAGCAAUGGUGGACUCAGCUCUGCUGGUAGUGUCGGUUCUGGUUCUUACAGCAAUGGUGGAGUCAGUUCUGCAGGUGGUAUCGGUUCUGGUUCCUACAGCAAUGGUGGACUCAGCUCUGCUGGUAGUGUCGGUUCUGGUUCUUACAGCAAUGGUGGAGUCAGCUCUGCUGGUAGUGUCGGUUCUGGUUCUUACAGCAAUGGAGGCAGUUAUUAUGCUCCAUCUCAAGUUGUUACCGAACUUAACAAAGAAUACUAUUUCCACACUGCUCCCGAAGAACCCCUAGACAUCGGCCAGAACAGCCAGAAUGCACAGUCAAUUUUGAAGAAGAAUCUACGUGUUGUCUUUAUUAAGGCCCCAGAAAACAAUGGAUUAGCCAAUGCAGCUUUGCAGGUUGCCAAACAAGCCACAGAAGACCAAACCGCUAUUUAUGUUUUGACCAAACAAGCUGAUGUGUCUGAUAUCACUCAACAAUUGCAACACAUCUCUGAAGUCCAUUCGAAGAAACCUGAGGUCCACUUCGUCAAGUACAGGACACAAGAAGAUGCUCUCAAUGCUCAACGUACAAUUCAAGCUCAAUACGAUGCUCUUGGCGGUAGUUCAAAGACCUCCAACGAAGGUGUGGCUCCAGUCUUGAAUUAUGCUUCAAGUGCUCCAGUUUCAAACUACCAAAGCUCUUCAAACCAACCUUCUGGAAGCUAUUCAGCUCCUUCCCAAGCAUCUGGUAGCUAUUCAUCCGGAGGAAGUGUGUCAGCUUCUGCGCCAUCAAGCUCAUUCUCAGCCCCAUCAAGCUCAUUCUCAGCAACAUCAAGCGGAACCGGAUCCUUUGCAGCUCCAUCAAGCACUGCAUCGUUUUCAGCACCAUCAGGUACUGGAUCUUAUUCAGCAGCACCAUCAAAUUCAUACCUAGCACCAAAGAGUUCUUACUUGCCUCCAGUGGCACUUUAAGAGAGUGUGAUUGAUUUAUUUUUUCUUUUGUUAUAUUAUUUAAUUCGAAACAAAUUUUUAGUUAAUUAGUUUUAAGAAUGAAGUAUUUUUCUACAGUAUAAAAUAUAAUUAUACCAUUUUCAUUAA